GUGAGGGAGCGGAGCUGGCGGAAGCGCCCAGGUAGCUGCGGGAUGGACCGCAGUCUGCCAAUUUUCUCCAUCCAAGACAGCCCCUUUGAGGAUACUCCCCUGGAUCAAAGCCACUACUGGCCGUCCCAAAGCCAGACCUGGCACCCCAAGACCCUGAGCCCAUCCAGGUCCCGGGGGUCCAGGCCCCCAGAAGCUCCCAAGGCUCUGGCCACAGGUCCCAACUCCUCUGAACUGUUUGAAGAGUCCUGGCCAUCCAGCUCAGGGACCCCUUCCCCACCCAGCACCACUGAAGGACAGAUGGGAGCCUCCCAACCACCCACCCUGGUUGACAGCAGAGAGUCCGUGGUGGCCAAGUACAUAAACCGGUUCCGCCAGGCUCAGCCCACAAGCCGAGAGGAACGCCAGCCUGCAGGCCCAACCCCAGCUGACUUUUGGUGGCUACGGCCUGAAUCUCCAGACACCCCCUGUCAACUUGCAGCAGGAGCCAGUGAACCAGAAGGAAGACCCAACACAGCAGUCCCAACUCUUGCAAAGGUGGCCAGCGCAUCUCAGGCUAAGGCUGUGGCUCCCCUUGAGGAAAUGAAACAGAGCCUCAACACAUGGAACUCGUCCCUGCUGGACCUGGAGACACUGAGCCUACAGAGCAGAGCUGCCAGGCUGCUCAAACGCAGCAAGGCCUCCAUCUCCUCCUCCUCACUCAGCCCUAGCGAUAGCAGCAGCUCCUCAUUCCCCGUCAGCUCUGAUGGCCUCUCUCCCUUCUCCGCGACCUUCACCCCUGACUCCAGCAAGGGCUCUGACCCCAAGGCACAUGUAACACCAGCAUCUGCCCCCAUCCCUGCUCCAGCCCCGGUCUCCUCCCAGGCACCCCUGCGUCCAGAGGAUGAUAUUCUGUACCAGUGGCGGCAGCGGCGGAAGCUUGAACGGGCUCGAGGAGGGCAGGGUGAUGGAACCUGGGUACUACCCCAGACUCCUUCCCUCACCACUCUAGCCCUUCCUGCCCCUGCAGAGACCCUUGGCUCCCUGGGAACCCAGCCUACCUGUGUCCCACAUUGGACCAGUGUGGCCCGAUCGGGGCCCCUGGAGGCCUUCUAUAUGGAGAGGCCUCCUAUUCCCCCAGGGUUCCCUCCACACAUCUUUUGGGGCCCCAGCCCCCAUGGGUUCUUCUGGGCCCCGCAGUCAGGUCCCUGCGUGUCUCUCGGGGCCAUUCCUCCCAUGCCCUGUACCCCUGCGCCUCCGGCUGCCGCCUCGGCACCCGCAGCCUCCACCCUCCCGCCCCCAGCCGCCCCCCAGGAUCCACCCACUCCUGCUCCAAGCUGCCGGGCGCAGCCUGAGAAGCAGGGCCCCAAGCCUCGGAGUAGCGGAGCCCCGCGCCAGGAGUCCGCUGGGACAGUCGUGGCAGCUGACGAGGGGCCUGGCCCGCAGCUCAGAGGCGCCCUGGGCCAAGUAGUAUCCGCUCGGCUCUUCCCGGACAGCCUGGAGGACACGCCCCCUCACCUUGAGGGCCCACCUCUGCCCGAGGCUGAAUCUCUGAAAGUCAAGGCCACACACCCCCAAACCAAGAUUGCGCCACCUCCACAGACUCCGACAGGUCGGUCUAAAGCCGAGUCUCGGAAAGCCCAGGCCACGCGCCCCCUAGCGGUGUGGGAGCCUCGGAAAAACAAAGACACUCCCUUGGCUGAAGCUGGGUAUCCGCCGCCCAAGGUCCCGCCCCCUCCAGCUGAGGAGGCGUCCCCUGGCCCCGAGGCCCCGCCCCCUUCCUCCAAGGCGGGGCCUCUCGAGGAGGUGGCUACGCCCCGGUCCGCUGCUGAGCACGCCCCCUCAGGAGAUCUGCUCUGCCAGGCUGCCCGACUUCUGGAGGCGGCAGAAGACUCUGACGGCAGCGAGUUCCAGGACGACCCGGUACUUCAGUUGCUAAGAAUUCAGAGGGCCGAGCUGAGACGGCAGAAAAGGGAAGUGGACGCCCAACUAUCCCUCUUACUGGAGCACACUGAAGACUCAGGGACUUGGUCUCCUCCAACCAGGUCGCCCCCCAGGUCCCCAGGAAGGCGGCCGCACAGGGGAGGAGCUUCUCUUGAGACCAGGUGGCGCUGA